AUGACUUCUUCCAGUCACCAGGACCUGUCUGCUUCCCAUGAGCUUCCCAGCACCAAUGUCUUCUUGUCUGAGGAGCACGCAGACUGUUCUGCACUGGGUGCAGCUACUGAGUACUCCCAUCGUCAAGAGAAGAGAGCUCCAACAGGUCUCCCAGAAACUCGAAAGGACCAGAAGGAUGAGGAAAGAGAACAGCCAACAGCCCCCAGGGAGCUCCAGGAGGAGGAAAUGAAUGAUAUGCUCCAGGAUUCUUUGGAUGAACAGUAUUUGACUCUUUCCAGUCACCAUGACUUGUCUGACUCCUGCCUCCCUCCCGAUAGUCCCACCAUCCCAUCUGAUGAGCAUGAAAUCUGCUCUUGUCUGGAUGGAGCCUUUCAGGCACGAGAGCUGACCCAGUUACACCUAAAGACACGGGAAGGAAGAGAGCUAUCCAUCCUGCUUAAUCAGAACCUCAAGGACCUCCUCGCCCGCAGUGACCUUAACAACCUCCAGGGGCAGGUCUUCCAAGAGCAAUUGGCUGAAGGAUGCAGGCAGUCCCAGGCCCUUGUCAGCAAGCUCAGCCCAGAAAACCAUGAAGAUGAGGCUGAAGAACAACUGGGAUCACUGACUCCCAGGAAAUACCAUUUCCUAAUUCAUGAUCAUGCAGGAAAGCUGACCCAGAUACGCCAGACAUCACGGGAAGGAAGAGAGGUCUCUGUCCUCCUCCAUCAGCACCUCAGGGACCUCCUCAUCCACAGUGACCUUGGCAGCGACUGGGGACAGGGCUUCCGAGAACAACUGGCUGAGGGACGCAGGCUGGCAGAGCACCUUGUCUGCAAGCUUAGCCCAGAAAAUCUGGAAGACGAUGAAGAUGAGGAAGAACAAGAAUCACUGACCCCCAGUCUGGAGAGGGAGCUGCAGGAGGUGAAUGUGAAUGAAAUCCUUCAAGAUCCAUCAGUGAACACAGUUUGACUCCUUCCAGUCCUUGUGAUCUGUCUGCCUCCGGGGAGCCCCUCAGAAGCACUGCCUUUCCAUGUGAUGAGCCUCAAGUCAGCUUGGCUCUGGAGGCAGCCAGUGAGUACUCCCAUUAUAAAGCAGAUAAAUCCAAGUGGUCUCCCAGUUAGCCUCCAUAUUUUUUGUGCUCACCACAGCUGGCCAGGUAGAGAGAUAUCAUUUCUGCAGGCUCUUGGACAGAGUUUUAAGUACAGAUUUCAGGAGGGCCUGGGAGCUGUGCUGUCACCCUAGUCCCUAGCUAUGUCCCUCUCAGCCUGUCCCUCAGUGGCAUCUGCAAGCCAUUGUUCCCCAGGUGGGAGAGAGAAGGGAUCAUAACCACCUCACAGCCACCACUACAGCAGGGGCACAGUAGGUAUUUGUCAGACCUCUUUCUUUAAGAUGACGCAUCUCAUCUCCAGCAGUGUUCUUGCU